UUUGUACACCACUGUGUGCUCAUGUCUGCGCUUUUACGGCUUGCUUGUACUUGGUAGCUCGGAGUUCGGUUCGUGUUUCUCAAAAAUCCAUUUUCCUUUUGAACCAACACGGGAUUUUCUGACUAGUGCGAACUGGCAAAGUGCUCCCAGUGGAAGAUGGCGGUUGGGAUGCUGGCUGAGGCUGGAGCACAGCAGUGUCUCAGCCUAGCCAGCGAGCUAGUUUAAAACAAGACGUUUAUCCUUGGUUUUUGGAUUUUUUUUUUUUUUACCGGGUAUGGACUGCAGGAUUAAAUUCUUAGGGUACACUCACCCGUUAACCAACAGGCAUUUGGACUGCAAGCUCUUAUUACGGGACUUCGCUGAGACUUUACUAUUCUUCUAGCCAUAGGCUACAUUACAGCUAACGCGCAUAGCUUUUUUUGAAGGACCUCUGCUAGAAAAAGUGGAUAAAAAUGUCGGAUACUAAGGUAAAAGUUGCUGUCAGAGUUCGUCCGAUGAACCGCAGAGAGAUUGAACUCUGUACAAAAUGUGUGGUGGAAAUGGAGGAUAACCAGACUAUUCUGCACCCACCGCCCUCAAAUACUAAAGGAGAAAACAGGAAACAGCCCAAGGUGUUUGCCUUCGAUCACUGUUUCUGGUCCAUGGACGAGUCCAAUGUCCCAAAGUAUGCCGGUCAAGAGAUCGUGUUCAAGUGCCUUGGUGAAGGAAUACUUGAAAAUGCAUUUCAAGGAUACAAUGCCUGCAUUUUUGCCUAUGGACAAACAGGUUCGGGGAAGUCCUUCUCUAUGAUGGGCAACGGAGAACAUCCAGGGCUCAUCCCUCGACUCUGCUGCUCCCUGUUUGAGAGGGUCUCGAGAGAAGACAGCCAGUCUCAUUCCUUUAAGGUGGAAGUAUCCUACAUGGAGAUCUACAACGAAAAGGUUCGAGACCUACUGGAUCCCAAAGGGGGCAGGCAGUCUCUAAAGGUGCGGGAACAUAAGGUUCUGGGUCCAUACGUGGACGGGCUGUCUCAGCUGGCUGUGACAAGCUUUGAGGAUAUUGAAUCACUGAUGUCAGAAGGGAACAAAUCACGCACAGUUGCAGCCACCAAUAUGAAUGAGGAGAGCAGCCGUUCCCACGCUGUCUUCAGUAUUAUCGUCACGCAGACGCUGUAUGACCUGCAGUCGGGGAACUCAGGUGAGAAGGUGAGUAAGAUAAGUCUGGUGGAUCUGGCCGGCAGCGAGCGUGUAUCCAAGACUGGAGCAGCUGGAGAGAGGCUAAAAGAGGGCAGCAACAUCAACAAGUCUUUGACUACGCUUGGCUGUGUGAUCUCAGCGCUGGCCGAUCAGUCAGCGGGGAAGGGGAAGGCCAAGUUUGUGCCUUACAGAGACUCUGUACUCACAUGGCUACUCAAAGACAAUCUAGGGGGUAACAGUAAGACGGCCAUGAUCGCCACCGUCAGUCCGGCAGCAGAUAACUACGAGGAGACCUUAUCAACACUGCGUUACGCUGACCGAGCUAAGAGGAUCGUCAAUCACGCCGUGGUCAACGAGGACCCCAACGCUCGCAUCAUCCGUGAACUACGAGAGGAGGUGGAGAAACUGAAGGUGCAACUCUCACAAGCAGAGUCUCUGAAGGCUCCUGAGCUGAAGGAGAAGCUGGAGGAGUCAGAGAAACUCAUUCAAGAGAUGACUGUCACCUGGGAGGAGAAACUCAGGAAGACAGAGGAGAUUGCACAGGAGCGUCAGAAACAGUUGGAGAGUAUGGGUAUCUCCCUGGAGUCCUCAGGGAUCAAAGUUGGAGAGGAUAAGUGCUUCUUGGUCAACUUGAAUGCUGACCCUGCCCUUAAUGAGCUCCUAGUCUAUUACCUAAAGGAGCAUACGCGUGUGGGGGCUGAUACCUCCCAGGACAUCCAGCUCUUUGGCAUAGGCAUUCAGCCAGAGCAUUGCGUGCUGGAGAUUGCCUCUGACGGAGACAUCACACUCACGCCCAUGGAGAAUGCCAGAACCUGUGUAAACGGCACCAUGAUUUCCUCCAUGGUCCAUCUUUGGCAUGGAGACCGCAUCUUGUGGGGAAACAACCACUUUUUCAGGAUCAACCUGCCUAAGCGGAAGCGGCGGGACCGCUUGAAGGAGCUGGAGAGAGGGUCUCCACGUGAGAGCUUUGUGGAGCCUGAUGUGGAGACAGCCAGCGAAGCCUCGUCUGAACAAGACUACAGCUACGAGUUUGCUCAGAUGGAGGUCAUGAUGAAAACACUAGGGAGUAAUGAUCCCAUGCAGAACGUGGUGCAGGUUUUGGAGAAGCAGUACCUGGAGGAGAAGCGCACCGCACUGGAGGAGCAGCGCAUCAUGUACGAGCGGGAACUGGAGUCGCUACGGCAACAGCUGUCUCCUGACAGGACGUCCCACCAUCACCGCAGUAACAGCGACCGCCUGUCAUUCCCCACACACACCGCACACAGCAAACUGCGCCUGUGGACAGAGGAGAGGGACGAGCUAUUCCGCCAGAGCCUGUCUCGACUGAGGGAGCAGGUAGUCAAAGCCAACACCCUAGUGCGAGAGGCCAACUUCCUGGCUGAGGAGAUGAACAAACUCACAGACUACCAGGUCACCUUGCAGAUCCCCGCUGCCAACCUCAGUGCCAACCGAAAGCGAGGAGCCAUCGUGAGUGAACCAGCCAUCCAGGCAAGGCGUAAGGGAAAGGGGACACAGGUGUGGACCAUUGAGAAGCUGGAGAACAAACUGGUGGACAUGAGAGACCACUACAGAGACUGGAAGGAAGGCACACAGGAAAUGUAUAACAGGUUCCAUAACAAGCACAGUGACCCAUUCUAUGAGGCACAAGAGAAUCACAACCUCAUUGGCGUGGCCAAUGUGUUCCUGGAAUGCCUCUUUCAUGACAUCAAACUUCAAUAUGCCGUUCCCAUCAUCAGUCAGCAAGGAGAGGUUGCAGGGAGGCUGCACGUUGAGCUGACGCGUGUUUGCGGGGCAGUGCCCGAGCGUCUGGCUGGAGGAGACGACUCGUCGGAAAACUCGAGCGAGAGCAGCAGCUAUGAGGUUAUGGACACCCAUGGAGAAAUAGUACACAUGGCCAAGAAACUCACCUGCAGGGUUCGGAUAAAAGAGGCAACAGGUCUGCCUCUAAAUCUGUCCAAUUUCGUCUUCUGUCAGUACACCUUCUGGGAGCAGGCGGAGCCUACGGUGGCUCCACCCAUGGUCAGCCCUGACACGCCCUCGAUUCAGACCCCAGAGGCCCAUUUCACUGUACGCUUUGACCACUGCAGGGAUUACGUGGUGCAUGUGACAGAGGAGUUUCUGGAGUUCAUCUCUGACGGAGCUCUGGCUAUCGAGGUAUGGGGACACCGCUGUGCUGGCAAUGGACGCUCACUGUGGGAGCUGGACUCACUGCAGGCCAAGACGCGGACUCUCCGAGACCGGUGGAGCGAGGUGUCUCGCCGGAUCGAGCUGUGGGCAUCCAUACAGGAGCUGAAUGAGCAGGGGGAGUACUCCGCUGUAGAGCUGCACCCAAGUAAAGACGUCAGCACUGGGGGAGUGUUCCAGCUACGUCAGGGUCACUCCCGGAGACUCCAGGUGUGGGUUAAUCCAGUGCAGCAGUCUGGAACUCUGCCUCUACUGGUGGAGGCCAUUCUGUCUGUGUCCAUUGGUUGUGUGUCUGCCCGCUCUACCAAGCUACAGAGACCCCUGGACAGCUACCAGAAGGAGGAGGAGGACGAUAUGGAUAGUUAUCAGGAGGAGGAUUUGAACUGUGUGAGAGAGCGCUGGUCUGAAGCUCUCAUUAAACGCAAAGAGUAUCUUGAUGAGCAGAUCAAAAAGAUCAUAAACAAAUCAGAGAAGUCAGAGGAGGAUAUGGAGAGGGAGGCUCGGCUGGUGGAGCAGUGGGUGGGUCUGACAGAGGAGAGGAAUGCUGUGCUGGUGCCUGCUCCUGGCAGCGGAAUACCCGGAGCGCCUGCGCAGUGGACGCCCUCUCCUGGCAUGGAGGCUCACAUCCCGGUGCUGUUCCUGGACCUUAAUGCGGAUAAUCUGACGGUGAACGAGCAGCUGACGGGGCCUCAUGCUGCAGGCGUGAACUCCAUUCUGCCCAAAGAGCAUGGCAGUCAGUUCUUCUAUCUGCCCAUAAUCAGGCACAGCGAUGACGAGGUGUCUGCAGUGUGCUCGUGGGACUCGUCCAUCCACGACUCUGUCCAUCUGAACCGCGUCACCGCACCCAACGAGCGCAUUUACCUGAUCAUCAAAGCCACGGUGCAGCUGAGUCACCCCGCCUCCAUGGAGCUGGUCCUCCGCAAGAGAAUCGCUGUCAACAUCUACAACAAACAGAGUUUUACUCAGAGCCUGAAAAGAAGGAUGUCGUUGAAAAAUAUGCUGUAUUCUUGUGGCGUCACGUAUGAGAUUGUGUCCAACAUACCAAAGGCAUCAGAGGAGCCAGAGGAGCGUGAGACGCUGGCUCUGAUGGCUGCGCGCGGGGAGAGUGAGGAGACGCAGGAUGGGGAGAGCUACAUAGAGAAAUACACCAGAGGAGUCCUGGAGGUGGAGAACAUCCUGUGUCUGGAGAGACUACGACAGGCGGUGACAGUGAAGGAGGCCCUGGCAGUCAAAAGCAGACACAUAAGGAGGAGUCUGAGUACCCCCAAUGUCCAGCAUACGUAUUGCUGUAAAUCAGACCAAACAGGAUGCGAGGAUGAAGAUGCAAAGGGCCACUGUGAGAGUCAGCAAGACACCACAGACUGCAUUUUACAGGACGGUACUGCGUGCAGUCCACUGUCAAAAGACAUACCUGGUAAAACCAAGGAGCAUCAUGGGUUGGUCCCAGAGAGUCUCACAUUCUUCAACUCCAGUCCAUUUAAGGCUCUGUCACCUCAGCCGCCCAAGUUCCUCAAGUCCCUAAUGCCGGUGAGGGAGGAGAACAAAGCAAAGAAAGCCCUGGAGGCCCGGCCACUGCUUGGCCAAGAGAGCAUGCGCUGGUUUGUGGAGAGCGGCGUGUGGACCCCUGCCUGCCCCUGGUCAAGGCCCAGGGCGGGAAGUGAGGGCCACAGCAGCAGCGCCAACAGAGCCCUCAGUCUCAGAUCAGAACUCACUCUAACACAGCCACACGCUGCUGAUUCGGAAGAGGAGGAGUCUGAAGUGGGAUUGUCUCUGACUCAACCCAACGUUCGUCGAUUGGGGUCACUUGACUUCCAGAGCUUCCAGCCAUACGUCCCUGAGGACUUUGCCAACUUUGAGGUGUACAAUGCCAGCCUGGAAGGUCAGGAGGGCAAUCUUUGUGCCCGCGGAGAGCUGGCAUCAGGUGUGGGAGGGUUGUCAGGGGGCCGAAACUCAGAAAAAGAAGUGUCUCGCAGCCCCACGGCCAGCAGCUGCACCAGCGGGUAUUUCUCUCACAGUGCCUCCAAUGCCACGCUGUCAGACGUGCUCUUCUCUGGCAGCGACAGCUCUGAUCAGCUCAGUACCAGCACCAGAGACCCUCCAGAGCCUCAGGAACAAAGCUGCCCCGCAGGACGAGGGUCUUUCCAAACCAAAUGUGCCUUAGGUGGCGCAGGGGGCGUAAGUCAGCCUCUGCCCAUCCCUGCAUCUCCUCACACUUUCCUGAACUGCACAGAUCCACCAGCGGAGCCGCCCUCCUCCUCUCUGCCCCAGUCCUGUAUCCUCAGUGUCAGCCAGGAGUUCACAGACUUUAAGGGUGUGGACGACGGUAUCGGAGAGGACGACCUUGGUCGCUUUGAGGCGGGCUGGACGUCUGAGGUGUCUUCUCCGGGACAGAAGGAGCAGGAAUCCACCAGACAUAAGGGUCGUUCAGACGCGGUCAUCAUCAACACGUCACCUGCCUCCGCACCUCCCGAGCAGUGCCACCUUCACAACGGCAAAGAUUCUGUCAGUGUGCCCGUGUCUCCCUCACACACGCAGAGGCAGGACAGUGUCCAGGUAGAAGCAUCCCAUACGACAGAGGGCACAGAGGAAUCGGACCCCUCUGCGGACUCCAGCGGAGAUGAGAGCGCGCCGGUAACUCAGUUACCUGAUUGGAUGGCUCCUGGGGAGCAAGUGUGGGUGGGUAAGAGGAGUGGCACUGUGCACUAUGUCGGAGGAGUGGAGUUCGCCAAAGGGAUCUGGGUGGGUGUGGAACUGGACCUCGCUGUCGGCAAGCACAAUGGCACUGUCCAGGGUAGGGUUUACUUCCGCUGUGCCAACGGCCAUGGCGUCUUUGUAAAACCGUCACGUCUCACCAGAGGGCCUCCAUCCACAGACAAAAAUCCCCAACCUCUGCCCCUGUAAGGAGUUGCCCCAGGGCAGGAUUCCAAGAGGAUAGAGAACAGCUCCUAUAUGGAAAGACCCUACCACGGGUUACAAUGGCCAGGGAACUUAGGGCCCGAGCAACAGCAACCAGUGUGGACCAGCUCGAAUCAUCAUCAUCAUCAUCAUCAUAAUCCAUCCUUUUUGUUCACAUAGGUAUUAUGGCUGAUGUGUCUUUGUAAAGUUAUCCUUUUUUGUUUGUUUGUUUGUUUUCACGAUCAAUCUUACGCUGUGUAUUUUUGACAUGUAUGCCUGUGUCAAUAUAGUCAUUUUCUUUGAAUGUCAUUUGCACACUUGCACAGUUAUGUUUUAUAGCAUAAAUAUCCGUUAACUCACGCCAGACUUCCAAGUAUGUUCAAUUUUCUAUCCCUUAACAUAACUGAGUCUUUUAAUGGAAUUUUAUUUUAGCAAUCACGCUUUCUGUGGAGUUAAAAUAGAGCAAAAUUUGGAUAUCUAAGUGAGAUUGUACUACUGUUUCUAUUCUCGUUUGUUAAGGUGUUUCAGGAAUUACCAAAGAAAUAGCAUUUCAAACCUGCUGUUGAAACUGACAUAAUAUUUUGUUUAUUUUAACUUUGUUUAGUCAGUGUUUUGUGUGUGUG